CCCCCCGCCUUUCCUUCCCGUCUGGUUACGGAAGCCGAGAGGCGUUCCCCCUGUUGCUUUUCAGCCUACCGCGGAGCUGGGCCGGGAGGGCCGCCCAGCCGGGCUGGCGGCGCCGGUGGCUGCAGCAGAGGAAGAAAAUGGCGGCGCCGCUGCUCUCUCUCUCCGAGGGAGAAGGAGCCCGGGCGCGGCGGCGGGAACAACUCCGUGCAUGGGCCGAAGCCGAGGCGGCCGCAGCUGCUGCUACUGCCGCCGCCACCGCCGCCGUUCUUCUCCCGACCCCGCCUCCCGCCGACUCCGCGCCUUCACCCGCUCCGGCUGGGUUGCCGGCGUCCGCAGACGAAGCGCCGGGGAUGGGCUCCGGCAGCCGCCCGCGCGCGGUCCGUUUUGAGGCGGCCGCUGAGUUUUUGGCCUGCUGCGCCGGCGCCGAGCUGGAAGCGGCGCGGGAGAUGCUCGGCGCCGACCCGGCCGCCGUGAACGGCACCAACGCGGACGGCAUCAGCGCUCUCCACCAGGCCUGCAUUGAUGAAAACAUGGAAGUGGUUGAAUUUCUGAUAGAAAAUGGAGCUGAUGUAAACCAGGCAGACAAUGAAGGUUGGACUCCGCUGCACGUUGCUGCCUCCUGUGGCUACAAUGAGAUUGCACAAUAUCUCUUGGACCACGGUGCCAACAUUGCUGCGGUGAAUAGUGAUGGCGACGUGCCACUGGACAUUGCUGAGGCUGACAGCAUGGAGGCCUUGCUGCGAGCAGAAAUCGAGAAACGAGGGGUAAAUGUAGAGGUAGCCAAACGAGAAGAAGAAGAGAUGAUGCUUCGUGAUGCUCACCAUUGGCUAAAUGCUGGCAAAAUAUCUGAUGAGCCUCACCCCAAGACUGGGGCCACUGCCCUCCAUGUGGCAGCUGCUAAAGGCUACGUUGAGGUCAUGAGGCUGCUCUUGCAAGCUGGCUAUGACACCAAUGUGCAGGACAAAGAUGGCUGGGCACCCCUACAUGCAGCAGCUCACUGGGGAGUGGAGGAGGCCUGCCGGCUUUUGGCUGAGCACUUCUGUGACAUGGAGGCCCUCAACAAUGUGGGGCAGCGUCCCUGCGAUCUUGCAGAUGAAGAUACUUUGGCGCUGCUGGAAGAGCUGCAGCAUAAACAAGAUGAUUUGCGCAGCAAAAAGGAAGCCCAUCGGCAGGCUGUGGUUGACACCAGCUUGGAACAGGCCCCCUCGUAUACAAGCAAGCAUCGAAGGAGCUCCGUGUGCCGCAUGAGCAGCAAGGAAAAGAUCUCCAUCCAAGACCAGUCAAAGGAGCGGAAAACCUUGGGUACCAUUGCUGUUGGCGAAGAAGAGACCAGUUCGGCUUCGGAGGGGGAUGAAACACCAGAGUCCAAUGAGGUGAAGGCCGUUCCCCCAGCAGAAAGCAGUGCAGUGAAUGGAGUGUCUGUGACUCCUGUUAGGCCUCUGUCCCCGUGUCCUCUUGGGCCAAAGCCACAGUUUGUCUUCAUUUUGCCUCUGCCACCUAUCCCAAGCCCUCUGGUACCUUCCACGUGGAGACAUUGCUUGCGUAAAACAGGGAAACUUCUGUUGCCCCAGAAGGGACAAAUAACUGCUUUGUCUGGAGGUCCCAGCCGCACCACGGAGCCAAGUAGUUUGCCAACUCCAGCCACGUGGAGACAGAGCCUGCGCAAAACAAGCAGUUUCGGUGUAUUGCAGGAUGCCAAGCUGGAUGAAGGAGUGGCUAAGGGGGGCAGUGGCAUCAAGCGUUCAGCAUCCAGUCCCCGGCUUGAUACAGAAGAAAAGCAAGACAUCCAGGAGCUCUUGAAGAAGUGGAGCAAGAAUCCCAUUGGCCCAUGGUUAGCCAAUAGGAACACAGCUUCUGAGCCACCUGGUGACCCGAACAAAGAGCCACGCCUGGCACGAGUCAUCCCAACUCCCACUCGCCGAAUCUUUGCCCUCCCAGACACAGAACCCCACCGAGAUCCUCGGCGUGCGUCAUACCAGACGCCAGUGCGAGACGAAGAGUCUGAAUCCCAAAGAAAGGCCCGUUCUAGGCUCAUGAGACAAUCCAGACGUUCCACACAGGGAGUAACCCUUACGGACCUAAAGGAGGCCGAGAAGACAAUGGUCUGGACCAGUGAUUCCAAAACUCCUUCAGAACAGAGGAACAAGGAGGAUGAAAAACGGGACAAAGAUGGGGAACAGCAAUCUCAGGAGACCACGGACUCCGCUAGGCGAUUCCGGCUCCUCAGUUCAGACAGUUCUUCAGUUUAUACUGUGAAUCCGUUAGUGGUGAAUUCGCAGCUCCAAAAAGGAACAGAAGCCAAUAAGGCUGGCUCUGAUACAGACCUUCGGAACAGAUUGGCUAUCCGAGACCGCAGGAAAGGCCGGCGAGAGAGGCGCAUCACCGGUCUGGGAGGAAACUCAGAGGGGGAGGAAGAUGAAGACACUGAACAACUCCACAAUGAAGAUCCAUCUGUACAUAGCAGCGAUCACUUAAACAGCCUUCUGCCAAACCGGACAGCACCACCUGGCUGCCAGAGAGGGAACAGCGUACUGCCAGGCUGCAGAGAAGAACCAGACAACUAUUAUAAGAAACUGUAUGAAGAUCUCUUGAUUGAGAAUGAAAAGCUGAAGGAACAAUUGCAGGAGGCGCAGCUCCAACUCACACAGAUUAAGCUGGAGCUGGAAAGAGUGACCCAGAGGCAGGAGCGCUUUGCUGAACGGCCGGCUCUUCUAGAACUAGAGAGAUUUGAGCGUCGAGCUUUGGAAAGGAAAGCUGCUGAGCUGGAGGAAGAAUUGAAGGCUCUUUCAGAUUUGAAGGCCGACAACCAGCGUCUUAAAGACGAAAACGCCGCUCUUAUUCGUGUGAUCAGCAAGCUCUCCAAGUGACCACCAGCUGCUGUCACUGACCCUCCCGGUUUCUCUGUGAAGCAGGGACCUUCUUCCACACACCCCACCACCACCUGUACCAAGAUCAGGGGCAGGAGAAAUAGAUGAGGGGAGGGGUGCUCACCUUCCUCUCACCACCCAGACACUCCAAAUGCGGGCUUUUUCUGAGGCUCGGCCAAAUAGGCACCACCAACUAUUGUUUUCCCCAGAAAUUUGUCUUGAUGCCCCACUUCUCCUCUCCCAGCCCUUCCUCUUCCCAGAGACAGUAUUUAUUUUGUGGCUUCCUUCAGUGAUGCUCUUUGCUUUGUUGCUUUUCCUCCAGGGAACAAGGGGCAUAGGGAUGAUAGGAACCAGUCUUUCUGGGAACCCAUAGGAGUGGGGUGGCCACCAUUCUUGCUGUGGGGAAAUGGGAUUAACAGGCCUUCUUGAAAACCAGGCCAUUAGGGUGUCCCUUACUUUUAAACUUGGCAGCGGCCACACCAUUGGUUGGAAGAAAUAUUUCAGGUUGCAGGUCCCAGCGUUCUUCCAUCACCAUCAUCCUGACUAGCAAAUGCUGCAAGAGGCUGGCAAGCAUUAAUGGAUCGGGUGGAGGGUGGCAUCUGGUCUUUGCAAGCUAAAAGAAGUGAGCAGUUGGAUUGUAGCUGGGAUGCCACAGCAGUCUUGGCCAGCCCAAAGCCAUGAGAGAUCUCUUGGCCAUUCAUCUGGGGCAGCUGGACAGUUGUGCCUGAUUACCUGUGAGGAUGACGAUGAAUGUUAAUGGUGGGGUGAGAGAAGCAGCAAUGUUGAGGAGGUUCUGCUCCUUUUUCUUUGCAUCUUAACACUCAGGUGCAAAGAUUGGGUUGUCCCCUCUCUGGUCUUUGAAUGUCUAUAAACUUAGGUGGAUUUUUCAGAAUUGUACCAGGGCUUUCUUGCCUAACUCAGGCCAAAGGAAACCUGCCUCUUCCUUCCUUCCUUCCUUCCUUCUGCCAUUUGGACCGUAGCCUUCUGCCAACACCCUGCCUGGUGAUGAUGCUGGCACUAUCAUUGUGAGGUUUGAAGCCAAUAAGAGAGGCCGUAGCCAAAACCCACACUUGACACAGUGACUUGAAUUGCCAGCCUUCACUCCUGCUUCUCCAGCAGCUGUGCCUCCUUGACCUUUCAUUUUCUAGCUCCCUGGGCACCAUUUGUCUCCCAGAAGAAAUCUGGAGUUCCAGCUUAGUGGCUGUCCCAUAUUUCGCUUCCUUGCACGCAUGCAAUCCAAUACUUUCAAUGUUAAAACAGAGGGCUAGAAGUACUUCAAAGUGAAACUGAGGGCUAGAAGUAAUUCCAAGAGAAAAACGGGUCCAAAGUACUCCCCCGAAAAUCCUGUUUGUGUGUAUGUGUGUAUUUUUCCUGCGCUAUCAUGAGCCAAGAUUCCUUUGCCAAAAUAAAUAAUCCCUCCCUUUUCUGACAUGCCCCCUUCUUCUGAUUCCCCACUUUUCUUCCCUCCAUCUGUCCUGGUCCGGGGAUUCCCCCACCUCACUCCAUAAAUAUCUGUACAUAACAGAAGUAUUUUCUAUAUGGCUGCAUUGCCAACAAAUACCAGAAGAAAGAUGCAGAGAAACUUAAAUGUGCAAUAUCGCAUGAGUAUUUUUUUCCCAAAGAAGUCUCUAUAUUGUACUUGUUUAUUUAGCAGCAUAGCUGCCAUUGUUUUAAAGAACAGGGAAUUGAAAUUUACCGUGUUUGAAUAUAAUAAAAAUAUAUUAAAAAAUGG